ACGUAACGAAUAAUCGAUUCGUCCGUAGCGAUGUGGCGUUCGGGCAGCCAGUUGAUCUUCGUGUCGUUAUAUUGUGUUGUUAUAUCGUCGUAAAUUAAAACUACACUACUCCUGUAUCUUCAAUUUUGACAUUUCGUAAUCAAUUCCGCUUCCGAGAAUGCAGUCGCGCUAGUUUCUCAGCAAGUGACGAUAAUCAAUGUCAAAAGUCACGCUGCGCUAUCUAAUCGCUAACUCUCCACGAGAUACAAAACUCGUAAUUGCAGUUGCGUCCGUGUCACUCGGUUAGGCGCGUCGACUGAUUCGAACUUUCUCGCCAUGUCGUGGUUUCUUCUGCUCUUUUCGCAAGUCGUUAUCCUGUUCCUCUCGGCGAGGGCCUCGUCGGAGGUGAAAAAGCCGACUUGCCAGAACAACGGCAACGUUACAACGUUACAACGUCUUGGUUACAGCAUUUCCCACUACAAGGGGGUCCUCGUCGAAGUGACGCAAAUCGAAGACCAAGACGCGAACCUCAAUCACCUGAACCUCUGGGCGAUUCGAGAGAAUGCCUUCAAGAACGUGUCGGCGACAGUCUUGAAUCUGAGUAGCAACCGGAUAUCCGUGCUGAAUAGGGAAUCCUUCCGCGGUCUGCCCAACUUGGAGAGCCUCUCCUUGAACGGCAAUGUGGUACCGUUAUCGGGGUAUUUGUUCGCGGAUUUGAGACACCUGCGGUCGCUGUCGUUGGGGUCCAACGAGAUCAAUUCGAUACCGAACGACUCGUUCGCCGGGCUGUCAAACUUGACAUAUCUCGACUUAGGUGGCAACGAUAUCGAAGCGAUCGAGGCGGAAUCCUUCUCGAGUCUUAAUCCCGGACUGUUGUUCCUUAAGCUGAACAGAAAUAAAAUCUCUCGCGUCGCGCCGGAUUCCUUCGCCAGGUUAACCGAAAUGAAUAGCCUCGACUUGGGCAAAAAUCGGCUAGAGGGAUUACCGAGCGGUGCCUUUCGAGGAUUGAACAAGCUGGAGGAUCUUUACUUAAGUGAUAAUUGGAUAACAAGCGUCUCCAGGUCGCUCCUUUGCGACUUGAUCGGUCUGAAGCAACUCUAUCUUCAGCAGAACGAGAUCAGCGCUCUCGAGCCGGAUACGUUCAGGGAUCUAUCUCAGCUGGAACAACUGGACCUGAGCGAAAACAAACUGUCUCACAUUGUAGCCGGCACUUUUGCCGGGCUCUUCAAUCUGGGGAGACUCUAUCUUCAGCAGAGCGAGAUCAGCGCUCUCGAGCCGGGAACUUUCCGGGAGCUGUCUCAACUGGAAGAACUGGACCUGAGCGGAAACAAACUGUCUCACAUUGUAGUCGGCACUUUUGCCGGGCUCUCCAAUCUGAAAGAUAUUAAGCUGUUCGAUAAUGGCAUCCACACGGUGGACAAUGGCACUUUCGCUGAUCUCGUCAAACUGCAAAAUCUCUACUUCGGUGGCAACUUCGGUGGCAACUUUACUGAAAUCCGCAAAGAAGUCAGCGGCCUCCCAUAUGUCACAGUUUUUCUCUCCACGAGAUACAAAAUCCGUAAUUGCAGUUGCGUCCGUGUCACUCGGUUAGGCGCGUCGACUGAUUCGAACUCUCUCGCCAUGUCGCGGUUUCUUCUGCUCUUUCCGCAAAUCGUUAUCCUGUUUCUCUCGGCAAGGGCCUCGUCGGAGGUGAAGAAGCCGACCUGCCAGGAUGACAAUGUUUACAAAGUUUGCCACUACAGGGGGGUCCUCAUCGAAGUUACGCAAAGCCGUUUCCCCUGGGUCGUGAACCGAUUGGUAAUCGACUGGGGCCUGGGCCUUUCGGAGAUUCGAGAGAACGCCUUCAAGAACGUGACGGUGUUAUACUUGGAUCUAAGUUUUAACCGGAUAUCCGUGCUGAAGAGGGAAUCCUUCCGCGGUUUGCCCAACUUGGAGAGUCUCUCCUUGGACGGCAACGUGGUACCGUUAUCGGGAUACUUGUUCGCGGAUUUGAGACACCUGACGCGGCUGAGUUUGAAUUCCAACAGGAUCAAUUCGAUACCGAAGGACUCGUUCGCCGGGCUGUCAAGCUUGAAAUAUCUCGACCUGCAACGCAACAAAAUCGAAGCGAUCGAGGCGGAAUCCUUCUCGAAUCUUAAUCCCGGACUGCUGGAGCUUAACUUCAAACAGAAUAAAAUCUUCCGCGUCGCGCCGGAUUCCUUCGCCGGGUUAACCGGACUGCAUUACCUCUACUUGGACGACAAUCGGUUAGAGGACUUGCCGAGCGGUGCCUUUCGAGGAUUGAACGAGCUGAAUGAUCUUUACUUAAGUGAUAAUUGGAUAACAAGCGUCUCCAGGUCGCUCCUCCGCGACUUGGUCGGUCUGAAGAGACUCUAUCUUCAGCAGAACGAGAUCAGCGCUCUCGAGCCGGAUACGUUCAGGGACCUAUCUCAACUGGAAGAACUGGACCUGAGCGGAAACAAACUGUCUCACAUUGUAGUCGGCACUUUUGCCGGGCUCUCCAAUCUGGAAGACAUCAGGCUGUCGGACAAUGGCAUCCACACGGUGGACAAUGGCACUUUCGCUGAUCUUGUCAGACUGCGAUAUCUUUACUUCCGUUGCAACAACUUCACUGAAAUCUACACAGAAGUCAGCGGUUUCCCAAAUGUCAUAGUUUAUUCAUAAAGUCUUAAAUAUCUGUUUAUAUCUCACAAAAGGACAAAACCUUGACCGCUUGAAUUUUGCAAAAUUUUUAGUAUGUUUUACAGUACACUUCAUUCCCUAACACAAGGUACCAGUAACGGACCAAUGCGCAAUAGUUUUAUAAAUAUUAAUGUUGAAAAUGUUUUUUUCGAUAUUAAUAAUAAAUAAACCAUGCUUAUGCAAAGAAGUCGCAUUCAUAAAAUGUGCAAAUUAGUA